AAAUUUCAUUUUAUUAUCUGGCAAUCCCGUUUUUUAAACUUUUUAACAUAAAGCUUCUUCGUUAUUGGCAACAUUAAAUCUCUGGUGAAGGUGCGAAUGGUACUUUCAGCGUGUUAAAUCAUAGCAUAAAAUAAUCAAUAUGGAGGAGGAGCCUCAGCAAAAUCAAGAUGCAUUGAAAAAGAAAAGGACGUUCCGUAAAUACACUUUCAGAGGAGUUGACUUAGAUCAGUUGCUUGAUAUGUCAAACUCAAAUCUCUCGGAACUUCUGCACUGUCGUGCAAGGAGGAGGUUUUCUAGGGGACUGAAGCGCAAGCCAAUGGCCCUUGUUAAAAAAUUGAGGAAAGCUAAAAAGGAAGCCGGUCCUCUUGAAAAACCCGAAGUUGUAAAAACACAUCUCCGAGAUAUGAUUGUUGUACCUGAAAUGGUUGGGUCUAUCGUUGGAGUUUAUAAUGGAAAGACUUUUAACCAAGUUGAAAUCAAGCCUGAAAUGAUUGGCCAUUAUCUUGGAGAAUUUAGCAUAACCUACAAACCUGUAAAACAUGGAAGACCUGGUAUUGGUGCUACCCAUUCAUCCAGAUUCAUUCCAUUGAAAUAAACUUGUAUGAAUACAGCAGAAUUAAAAAAAAAUAAUAAAUACCA